AGUUAUCGGAUAUUGAACUCCUGAGACAGAAUGGAGUCUAACAGAUGAUUUUAAAAUGCUUAAAACAACUUUUAAACAAAAGUAUCGACAGUUGAUGCACUUUUUGUGCUUCGAUCCUAAACGUUUGGUGAGAGUGAUUGUGCUUAGUAUUUGCAGUGUUAUAGUAAUUUUUCAGUUGACAGAAUGCUUUCAAAAAUUAAUUCACCCGCCGGUGAGCACCCAUUCACGGUUCGAUCUCAACGAGUCAAUGCUGUAUCCGGCGGUAACAUUUUGCCGAAACCCAUCCUACAAGCAAGAUGUCCUGGAACGUUACAACCUCUCGUAUCAUCCAAAAUAUACGAGUAACUUUAAUAAGUUUAAUUUUGAGGAAAACACACUGGAGCAGCUUUUUACCGAGGCCACAUUCAACGAGUCGGAAUUUUUUGUGCAGUUCGGUUUGGAGGGAAAUCCUGAGAAUGUAGAAGUCACCAGUGGAAUACACCUGGAUAUGGGAAGAUGCUUCACGUUGAAUCCACUGGUCACAACAAAUCAUUCCUGGAAGGAUGCUGGGUAUUCGGUUAUGCUGAAGCAUGACACGAGAGAAAAGUACUACUAUCUGGGCCAGGAUACCCCGGGGUGGCAUGUGUUUAUACACGAUAAAUCAGAAGGAUUUGCAGAGAAUCGCAUGCAAACAUCCGGACGGAUUGAGUAUCUCUAUAUGGAAGUUGAUGAAGAAGUGGAGGUAAAAUUAACAACCCAGCACUUUUACAUGCUUCCGACGGACGACAACCUUUGCACUACCGAGGUGGAAAUGAGCUCCACUAGGUGCAGCGAACUGUGCCACUGGAGCCGGGUCAUCGAUCGAGUGGGCUGUUCUGGGCCCUGGAUGCCCGAAGCCGACGUAGAACCCUGCGAUACGGCCAACGAGACGAAGCAGCUGAUGAAACACUACAAACUGCUACAGGACAUGGAUAGUUCGGUUUGCGGAUGCCAGCAGCCCUGUUCCUCGACCAUCUUCACCGCCUACAUCAUGAACCGGAAACACUUCGAGCUGGACAUCCCGGCGGCACAGAUUUGGCUGUACUACACGUCCAAAUUGGUUACGAUAGUCGAAGAAUUUCACAGUUACGAUCUGGCUCAGUUUGUUGCCGAUUUAGGUGGAUCGCUUGGUUUCCUUCUUGGUUUAUCCGUUCUGGGGUUGAUUGGUUUGAUGGAGAAAAUAGUUGAGCUGGUUUUCAUACGUCGUAUUCUGGCUGAAAGAAAACGAAAGGAGAAUGAAAAGUCUCAUAAGUCGAGCUGUGAGGGUAGUGAAGACGGUGGCAAAGAUGAGGGUAAACCUGAUAGCAUCAGUCAAACAUUUAGUUCUGGAGGUACAGACACAACGCUGGCCGUUGGAAGUGUUAAAUAUUAAACAUUUGAGGUAUAAAUCGUAUCAUUCAACAACUUAGCUACUUGGAUGUCGUUAAACAUGUGAAAAAAAACUGUAGAAAAU